AUGUUUUCCCCAUUGCUCGUGAUUUCUCUUUUUCUUUAUUCUUAUGGAUAUCCGUCGAAGAUCAUCAUUAAAUCAUUCACAGCUAGAACGGAUGAUGCCGAGAAUUCGUUGAAAGCUUUACAAUAUGCUGAGGAAGAGAUCAAUGGACGAGAAGAGAAUCCAUUUCGUUUAUCUCAUGAUCCACAUAUAAUAGAAACGGGACCAAAUGAGGCAUGGAAACUUGUGGAAUCAGUUUGCGAGACGCUAAAAGAUGGAUCAAUGGGAUUGAUUAGCGUUGAUGGAGGGGGAUCCGUUGAAGCACUUCGAGGUUUGGCGGACACCCUUGAACUCCCGCUGAUCACCACAUCUCCGCACGGAUCUCAAUCAGAAAUCAACACCAUCGGUUUUGAGUUGGCGAUUCGUCCGUCACCGUGCGAGCUGCUCGCCGAUCUAAUUGUGUUAAAGGGAUGGACGAACGUCAUCCUUGUCUCUGACUUAAAACAUCAAGGAGUCUCUCUUCCACUCCUUUGGCAACACCUUCACCACAAGUCGAACGUCUCUGUGACGGCUCAACUCAUCGAAAUGCCUGCUGAUGAAAAUCACUUUGAGCAAUUUCUACGAGAGUUCAACUUGAGACGCAACAAUUACACGAAUCGAAUAUUGAUCGAUUCAACAUCCACCUCAAGGAUGAAACGCUUUUUGAUGGCUAUUCGUUCUGCUCAAUUCAAUCAGGCUAACUAUCACUAUGUUGUGGCAAACUUUGACUUUCUUCCGUACGACAUUGAUCUUUUCCAACAUGGAAACAUUAAUAUUACCGGCUUUCAAAUCAUCGAUCGAGAUCAAAGAUCUUUAUUCCAUUUAAAACGAUAUCUACGAAAAGAACAGGAUCGAGAUCAGAUUGAAAACAAUUACGAUGAUCUUCCGGCUCAUAUCGGAUUCGCUCAUGAUGCAAUGACUGUGGCUUGGUGGGGUUUCUCGCGAGCUCUUCUUCACAAUGAUUCUCUCUUUCAUGGCACUUUUCGACAUGGAAAAUUUUACAAUCGAGGCUAUGAAGGGAUUUAUUGUGACCCAUCAGCUGAUCGGGGUCAUCCUGGGAGACCGUUUGCUUCAUUUGAGCAUGGUAUCACCAUUGUGAAAGCUAUGAGAGCGUUAAGACUUGGUGCAGCUGAAGGGGUACUCACUGGGAAUAUUGAAUUUGGGACUCGAGGUCAAAGAAUUCGAUACGAGAGUCGAGUCAUCGAUCUUGUCUCGAAUAUCAAAAGCGCUUUUAAUAUGAAAGAAAUUUUGAUCUGGCGACAAGGACAUGGUUUCUUUGUUGACAAAGCAAUCGCUGAUCACAGUCGAAAACAUUUAGAGAGUCGAGCUGAUCGUGUGGUUCGAGUUGUGACAACGAUUGUAGAUCCAUUUGCAAUGGAAAAAGAUGAGUGCAGAGAUGGGAACAAUCGAACGGAAUGUCUUGGAAACAAUAAAUUUGAGGGUUAUUGUAUCGACUUGUUGGAUUUGUUAGCAGAAAGGAUUCCCGAUUUUCGGUAUGAGAUCAGAAUUAGUGAGAAAACGGGAUCAAAGAGAGCUGAUGGAUCUUGGGAUGGAAUGAUUGGGGAAUUGUUAAAUGGGAAUGCCGAUGUGGCUGUCGCUUCGCUAACAAUAAAUCAAGAUCGAGAACGAGUUGUUGACUUUUCAAAGCCAUUCAUGACAACCGGCAUCUCAAUUAUGAUCAGAAAGCCAGAGAACAAGGAAACAUCAGUCUUCUCCUUUAUGAGACCUCUAUCUUCAGAGAUUUGGAUGUACAUUAUUUUUGCUUAUGUUGGAGUGUCUGUGGUGAUUUUCUUGGUAUCAAGAUUUUCUCCGUAUGAGUGGAGAGUUGAGGAAACGGCUAGAGGAGGUUUCACAAUCUCUAACGACUUUUCGGUGUACAAUUGUCUUUGGUUUACUCUGGCCGCUUUCAUGCAGCAAGGCACGGAUAUUUUGCCAAGAUCAAUUUCUGGUCGAAUUGCAUCAUCGGCUUGGUGGUUUUUCACAAUGAUCAUCGUCUCGUCCUACACCGCCAAUUUAGCCGCUUUUUUAACUCUUGAAAAGAUGCAGGCACCAAUCGAAAGCGUUGAAGAUUUAGCUAAACAAUCAAAAAUCAAAUACGGAAUUCAAGCGGGCGGAUCGACGGCUCAAUUUUUCAAGCACAGUUCGGUACAGAUUUUUCAUCGAAUGUGGCGAUAUAUGGAGUCACAGGUGCCGCCAGUCUUUGUCGCCAACUACACUGAAGGAAUUGAACGCGUUCGGAGUAGUAAAGGUAGAUACGCUUUUCUUCUUGAGGCGACUGCGAAUGAAUACGAGAACACAAAGAUUCCCUGUGAUACGAUGAAAGUCGGCUCAAAUUUGAACAGCAUUGGCUAUGGUGUGGCGACUCCGUUCGGCUCGGAUUGGAAAGAUCACAUCAAUUUGGCCAUUCUUGCUUUACAAGAAAAGGGUGAGCUGAAAAAGUUGGAGAUAAAAUGGUGGUACGAUCGAGCGAAAUGCGAAACGGGAAUCCAAGUGGAUGGACUUUCGGCGUCACUGAAUCUUUCGAAAGUGGCUGGAAUCUUCUACAUUUUGACUGGUGGAAUGAUUGCAUCAAUGAUAGCAGCACUUGGAGAGUUUUUGUAUCGAUCGAGAAUCGAGGCCCGUAAAAACAACGCCCCCUCGCUGACGUCAUCGUUUGCGAAGAAUCUGAAAUCAGCACUCUCCGCUCAAUUGCGACUUUCGAUCAAAGGCGGUGCGGUGGCUCAACCAGGCACUCAAUCGCACGAUGCACUCAAGAAGCAAAAGGCUGCCUCGUUUCUUCCCGCGUUCAGUGACGAGCAAAAAGUCGCCGAAAGAAACCCGACUUUCCCCUUCAAUACAGCUGUC